AUGAACCGGUCGACCGUGGAUUGAUUGGAUGAAUGGGUCGCAUCGCAACCAAAUAAACACAGACUAUAUUCCUCAUUCAUUUUGAACAUUCAAAACAAAACAAAAACAAAGCUUUUAUUUAAAGUUGAUGUCAUCAAUAUAAAUUUAUUCGGAUUUUUAUUUAAUCAUUAUUCAUUAUAAAGUAUUGAAAAUUCUGUGAUAAAAUGGCAUCGAACAAAGGUAAACGUUUAUGGCUGGCAUAUUUAUUUCUAUUAUUCGGUGGUUUUUUUGGUCUACAUCAAUUCUAUCUUGGUCGUUAUCGACAUGCAUUUGCAUUAUGUGCAUCAUUUGGUGGUUAUUUUGGCAUUGGUCUCAUACGAGAAUUAUGGCGUUUACCGGAAUAUAUUGCCGAAGUUAAUCGUGAUCCUGAUUAUCUAGCUAAAUUAAUUGAAAAAAUGCGACAUAAAUCAAAACCAUCGUUUGGAAUUGUUAGAUAUUUUGCCAGUAUUGUUGUUGCUGAUAUACUUGGUUAUUUGGUCAUGGGUGCCAUACCACAUGAAUGGUUUAGUGUGGACGGUUCAAACGAUAAUAUAAUAUCUCGAUUAUUGAAUUCAAUUCUAGUACCAGCAGCUGUUGCUAUUGGCGUACAUACUGUCGGUAAUGUUGGCCAUUAUUGUGGAAGUAUUCGAUUUCCAUUAAUGGCUGCCUACAUAACUGCACCACUAUAUUUGUUCAAUUUAAAUCCAGUAUUUAUCACUUCAUUAUUUGCUACGUUAACAUUUACACGAUAUUCAUUGCAAUGGCGUCGUACACCUCAAAAAUCGACAAGUAAAUGGCUAGUUGCUUUAGCUAUGUUUGCAUAUCUACUAUUAUGGAUAUCAUGGUUUUAUUUUAAUUGUACGGUUACGGAUAAAAAUGAUGAAAUCAUUAAAUGUCGUGUGGCUGUUCGUAAUUUUUUCAAUAGUCCAGCAUGGUUAGAAUUUCGUAUGGUUGUUCGAAAUUUAUGGGAUUUUAUUCUAACUAAAGGUAUAAGUGGAUUAUGGAAUGAAAUUGUUGAAGCACUUGAUCCACAAGGUGAAAAAAAUGCCUUACGAAUACUUGGCCUAAAUGAAACAUCAACACAGGAUGAUAUUACAGCUAUGUAUAGAAAAUUAGCACGUCAAUGGCAUCCGGAUAAAAAUCGUAUUGAUGGUGAUGAACGAAUAGCACAAGAAAAAUUUAUGGCCAUACAAGAAGCAUAUAAUCUUCUAUCAAGUAUGCGACAGAAAAGAUUUAGAAAACAAUCUACCUGAAACACAAAAUCAACUAUAUAUUGAUAAAUAAUUUUAAUUUAU